AUGUCAGAACGACCUUCGACUCCACCUCCACAGCCUGAGGGCUCUGGGGCAGGAGUACUUCCCCGCGGUCCGAUCACUCCAGAACAGAAGCGCAGGAUGGAAAUUAACCGCAUGAAGGCAAAAGCUCUCCGAGAACAGCGCGAAGCCGAACUGGCCCAAGCUGCUCCUCGUGCCUCGCAAUCCGCUCAAGGAGCCAAGCGCUCGUUCGCUACUAUGACGGCAUCCAAUCAGCCUGCGAACGUGCGCGAUGCUCGCGCAAACACUUCAUCAGAUCGCCCGGAUUCGAUCAGGCCAGCCCGCAAUUUUACAAGCUAUGUCGACUAUGACUUUAGCAAAAUGACCGAUACGAAGGGUGGAUUCUUGACCCAGGAAGAUGACCCAUUUAACAAGCAACUUCAUGUCAAAGAUGAUAAGGAGGAACAAAAACCUGCAAAUAUGACACAAAAGGAAUGGGAACGCCACCAAAUACUUCAAACCCUAAGGCGGAACCGUGAAGGGCCUUUCGAACCCGGUCUAAGCGUGCUGGAUGAUAAAAGCAAGCAAAAAAAAUGCCGCGAAUGUGGUAGUAUUGAGAUUGACUGGAAAUGGGAAGAAGAACUAAAGUGUUGCAUCUGCCAUUCCUGCAAAGAGAAACACCCUGAGAAAUACAGUUUGUUGACUAAGACCGAAGCCAAAGAAGAUUAUCUCCUCACAGAUCCUGAACUCCGAGAUGAAGAGCUACUUCCCCGUUUGGAGCGUCCUAACCCACACAAGUCUACAUGGAACAGCAUGAUGCUAUAUCUACGAUACCAAGUGGAGGAGUACGCAUUUUCAGAGAAGAAAUGGGGCUCGACAGAGGCACUAGACGCCGAGUUCGAACGGCGGGAAAAUGACAAGAAGCGACGGCGGGAGGCUAAAUUCAAAACCAAACUGCAGGACCUCAAGAAGCGCACGCGCGUGGAGGCAUACCGACGCAAUCGGCAAGGCGCUGCUGGAGGAGAAUUCGGCGACGAUCUCGGCUCCGGGAGGAAACAUGUUCAUCAAUGGGGUCGGUCGGUUGACAAUCCAGAGACUGGGAUCGGUGUCAAAACGCUGACUCGGCGUGGAACGCGGUUCCUUGCUGUUGUCGCCCAUUCGGGGACUCUUGACUCGCUUACCGCGGAUACGAUUUACGGGAAUCAGGAGAACCGAAGCUCACACCUCACCUUGACGGCCGACCGAUUCACCCACUGUUAG